AACCGCUUUCCCUGUUGUCCGUGUCCGAGUGAAUCUUCCCAACAGCCCUAGAGAUAAUGAUGUUUGAACUGAACAAUUAAGGGUUCUGAAAUCAGAGGUCUUGAGAUUAAUAAUGGCAGGAAAAUCAUCGCUUUUUAAAGUAAUUCUCCUUGGAGAUGGUGGAGUUGGGAAGAGUUCUCUAAUGAACAGAUAUGUGACUAAUGAGUUCGAUACCCAGCUCUUCCAUACAAUAGGUGUGGAAUUUUUAAAUAAAGAUUUGGAGGUGGAUGGACAUUUUGUUACCAUGCAGAUUUGGGACACUGCCGGUCAAGAGCGAUUCAGAAGCCUGAGGACGCCAUUUUACAGAGGUUCUGACUUUUGCCUGCUUACUUUUAGCUUCGAUGAUUCUCAAAGCUUCCAGAACUUGAGUAACUGGAAGAAAGAAUUCAUAUAUUAUGCAGAUGUGAAAGAACCUGAAAGCUUUCCUUUUGUGAUUUUGGGUAACAAGGUCGACAUCAGCGAGCGGCAGGUGUCUGUAGAAGAAGCUCAAGCCUGGUGCAGGGACAACGGUGACUAUCCUUACUCUGAAACAAGUGCGAAAGAUGCCACGAAUAUUGCAGCAGCCUUUGAGGAAGCAGUUCGAAGAGUGCUUGCUACUGAGGAUAGGUCAGAUCACUUGAUUCAGACAGACACGGUCAGUCUGCACCGAAAGCCCAAGCCCAGCUCAUCUUGCUGUUGAGUUUAGAGAGGUUGCGUAUGCGAUCUAACCAGCUCACACACAUGCACAGAUAAGCACAGGGUGGAGACGAGAAUUAGCGUUUGCAGCAAUGGAUCAUGUACUCAUAAAAUUAAACUAACCGUAUUGCUGCCUUGUUAGUGGGUGGGAGAAGGGACACAUCCACUCACAGGAGAAUCUGUUUACUCAGUAAUGGCACCUUACAUUUAUAAAUUGUAACGGUUGUCUAAUAAUGUUUAAUUUAAAUAUGUAUGUUACAGA